UCCGGGUAAUUUCAGGGUUUGGCCCUUUCCCCCCUCAGCUUUCCUUUCUCCCGGCUGCCCCCGCCUCCCGCCCGCAGUGCCGGGAGGGCGCUCUGCGCAGGCGCCCGCGGAGGAGGAGAGCCAGCCCGCCAGCGGUCAGCCGGACUCGGCCUGGGACCCGGCCCUGCAGGGAGGCGCUGCCCCUCAGAGGUGGGCGAGAAGGGCCGCCUGGAGGGAGCGAUCGCCGGAGAAAUUGGCAACUCUUCGCAGAAAGGUACCCAAGAAGCGCGGGAGAGCGCGGCGCGUAGAGGCGUCCAGAAAUACUUCUGUGGGGGUUCCACGGAGACCAAUUAGAAAGUUCUAAAGGCCUGGUUUAGAGCCUAAAGCCAUCUGCUGCUGGGCGUGGAGGAGGCCUUGCCUCGGCGGAAGUGGGACUGCCCCGGAAGUGGGACUGCCCCGUGGAAGUAGGACUGCCCCGAGCGUUGGCAUCUCCGCCCAGGCCGGCUCCACCAUGUCCAAGGUUUCCUUUAAGAUCACCCUGACGUCCGACCCGCGGCUGCCCUACAAAGUACUCAGUGUUCCUGAAAGUACACCGUUCACCGCAGUCUUGAAGUUCGCCGCGGAAGAGUUUAAAGUUCCUGCCGCCACGAGUGCCAUUAUCACCAAUGAUGGAAUAGGAAUAAAUCCCGCACAGACUGCCGGAAAUGUCUUCCUAAAGCACGGCUCGGAACUGCGAAUCAUUCCUAGAGACCGUGUUGGAAGCUGUUAAUGUCCUCUGCUUAAAGAUAAAUACACCUUUCAAAGUCAAUAUUGGUAUUGCCCAGCCGGUGUGGCUCAGUUGGUUGAGGACCGGACCAUGCACCAAGAGGUCGCCAGUUUGAAUCCCAGUCAGGGCACAUGCCCCGGUGUCGGGGGUGAUCCCCAAUGGAUGUUCACCCCUCAUGGAUGUUUCUCUCUCUCUCCUUCUCUCUCCCUCUAUCUCUAAACUCAAUAAAAACAUUUCAAUAAGUAAA